AUGUCUUCGACAGACAAUCCUGCCGCGUCGACCUCGUCGACGAGUGCGGCCACUCCUACCAGCUCGACCUCAUCCCCUUCGACCACGACACCAGCCGCCCAACAACAAUCCCAAUCCCAAUCCCAAUCCCAGACGCAGAACCAGAACCAGAGCCAGAGCCAGAGCCAGACCCAAACGUCUCGCCGCCCCCAGCGCAAAAGCACCCUGACUCAGCAGCAGAAGAAUCAGAAACGCCAGCGUGCGACUCAGGACCAAUUGGUCACUCUCGAACUCGAAUUCAACAAGAACCCCACCCCGACGGCUGCGACGCGGGAAAGAAUCGCCCAGGAAAUCAACAUGACGGAGCGAUCCGUGCAGAUCUGGUUCCAGAAUAGGCGAGCAAAAAUCAAGAUGAUUGCCAAGAAGAGCAUCGAGACUGGGGAAGACUGCGAUUCAAUCCCAGAAUCCAUGCGUCAAUAUCUGGCCCAGCAAUUUGACCCUAACAAGCCUGGUGGUAGAGACCUGUUCGGCCGGACGAGUGGAUUGGGUGGAUACGGCUCCAAUGGUGGCUAUUCCAACGAGUCUGGCCACUCGGGCAAGAUUGGAUUGCUGACCUCUCCCUACCUAGUCAUCCACCACUUCACUUGCCAUUCUCUGAGCAUCGGCACCUGGCGCCGUGUCGGGCAGAAUGCAAUGGACCUGGUCAUCUUUUAUUCCCCCGAGAAGGCUACCAUGACCUACUACAUCAACAAUGACUCAGCCGGUUAUAAGAUCGAGUAUCCUUUCUCGUACAUCAAGAAUAUCACUCUCGAAGCGGGUGACCAGAACGCCAACGUGAACGGAGCGCCACCACGGCCCAGCGGCUUGGUGGUGGAGUUGAAUCACCCGCCGCUUUUCUACAUGGAUUCUUCCAACUCGGGCGGUUUCUACCAAUGCGGCGACUUCACCGAAGACCAACAGGCCAGCCGUGUUCUGGUCCAUCACCUGGGUGGUCAUCCCAAAGUUCUCAGUGUGCAGCUAGCGAAGCUCGUGUCGCUGGAAGCGUUCCAGAACCGGUUGGCAUUCAACAACUAUGCUGCUGUAUCUGCCCCUGUGACGCCGCCCCAUGGCAUCCACCGUCCGGCAUCCCAACCGAACCAAUUCCCCAUGGCUCAAAUGGGAAUGUAUCAGGAUAAUCACCUCAAUGUCAAUCUCAUGCAGCGUGGUCACAAGCGCCAGCGCAGUCGAUCGGUCCCGGCUGCCGUGGAUGUCUCGGCUAUGCAGACGCCUAUGGCUCCGGUCCAAAUGCAGCAGCCGGUGUCUCAACUCGCGGCAAAUCCGGGAAUCUUUGCGCCGGUCCCUCAGCAUCAGGCCACGCAAGGGGUGGGAACCAAUCUCCGAAUCGACACCGCUUCUGCGUUUGCAAUGGAUACAAGUAAUUACCCAAUGUCUGCAGGCGCGAUCUCGGAUUACGCCAGCCCCUCAUUUUUCACUUCUGCACCUCACUCCGAAACGAUUCCCAUGGUGACGAAUCCUGGAAGCCAAUAUGACGUCUCAUUUGCUUCGCCCCAGAUGAUGGUUGACCAGUCGAAGUUGAUGAGCCAGCCAUCGUCGAUGCCCAAUGUGAACCAUGCAGACCCCUUGAUUGCCGAUCAGUCGCCGCCUCUGUCGACGAUGCACGGCACAGGCCCAACAGACAUGUUCUCGUUUGGUGGUGAACAACCCAACGGCUUCUCGGAGGAUGGAUUAUUGCUGAACGAGAUGUACUCGAAGCCUAACCUUGAGAACUUCCCCAUGGCUACACCGGCCGGGAUCGAACAGUCGACUUUUGAAUUCCCAAUGCAUGGGUUGCCGGAUCAGCAGUCAUCCAACACAAACGGGGACUUUCCUGGUGUGGUUCCCUAUGACAUGAUCGACCCAACAUCGACAACAUGA